AUGCCAUCGACACUUCAUCCCAAAUUUAUUAUCGUUACGGUAUCACCCAUAUUGCUGCUGAUUAUUUCGAAUAUAAACCUGAUCUGUACAAAUCCGAUUCGUCAUCGAUUCAGCAUCGCACGUCGGAAACUUCUGCAGAAGGUUGAACUCAAGUAUGUUCUGCAAAAAUGUCGAGUGCCCAUUGAAUGUCAUCUGAAGCUGUUCAGCGAACUCAUGCAAAAAGAAUCAUUGUCCGACUGUGACGGCAUUGAAUAUGGACAUCUAUUAACGUGCAUUGAAUCAAGUUGCACGUUGAAAUGCUUACCGGAGGUUUCACCUAGAUUUUCAGAUUUAGAUGAGGUGAUGAAUAAGCCAAUGCUGAAGAUAUCAGCCACUGGUGACAUUUGCUGUUCACCAGCCGAGUCGAAUACGUCGAGGUGGUGCAGGUCAGCAUGUGCGUCAUCCAUGUACGCACCGACGUUGAGCACUCGUGAACGAUUAAAAAGGAUCGAAUACUUUUGCAAUAGCGGAAAUGCAGCUGAUCAGGUUAAUCUGCUGAGGACAUAG